CUCGUCACCCCCCUUCUCCAUUCCUUUCUCCUCGAGCUCACAAGGUCGGCUGUGCCACCUAGACUCAUUUCUCCCUCUUUCUCGUCCCCAUCGUCCCUACUUGUCCAACCUCGGCGCCGGUCGCCCUCCCCCACCCCCCCUCACACUCUUUACCUCCCUUGCCUGCUACGUCUAGACCUAGGGCUUCGUUGAAGCUUGAACCUGCUUGAAGCGAGUUGCCACAUUCGAAAGAUAGCCACUCCGGAAUAUCGACAGGUUCGAUCUCGGUAGUCUCGCAUCCCUUGAUCACUUUUAUCCCUCGAAGCCCUCCUUUCUCCUCUUCCUUGACACAAUGCAGAUUCUCGGACGAUCAAGUGGCGGGUUGACAGCCCUGGCCACAGGUCUUUCUCUAGCCAUUGCUAAGUACAAGCCAAGCCCACAAGUAUCGACCAACGCUACUAGCUCUUCGAGCGGCAGCUCCUACAAGGUCCACACAUCCAGCACCCUCGAUCCGGCUGUCUGGGGAGUGCCGGCUCCGCUGGUGUUGUCCAACUCUUCCUCUUCUUCCAAAGGCAAUACCUUCAAGACGACUUCCACCGUUGGACCUGGCAGCUGUCCACUCAACACCACCAGCUAUGUCUCUACGUACGGUGCCCUUCCGGACCCCACCUACGCCAAGUUCAACUCCGUCAAGGCAAAUAUCAUGAGAUACCGAGAGCAGAUGUCAGUCAACCUCGGUGGUUGGUUCUUGCAGGAGGGUUGGAUGGAGACGAGUUUCAUGGACUGUGCCAUCUAUGCAGGAACUUCAGAAUUCUCCAUUGUCUCAGGCUUCGGUACCAGUGCUGACGGCCUCAAGAGUGCACAGAAUUACAUGGAAAAGCACUGGGAUACCUGGGUCACCGAAGACGACUUUGCCUACCUCGCAUCAAGGGGUGUCAACACUGUCCGCAUCCCCAUUGGUUACUGGAGCGUCGGGUCAUACUACUGCGCCAACUCUAGUUUCUCGCCAUAUGCCGCCGUUUACGAAAACUCGUGGAAGUACGUUGGUCGAGCCAUCAAUUGGGCAGCCAAGUACGACAUCGGAGUCCUCCUCGACCUGCACGGUGCCUACGGUUCCCAGAACGGUCUCGACCACUCGGGUCAUGUCGGUGCCGUCGAUUUCUUCACCGCUGCCAACGAAGCUCUCACCACUUCGCUGCUGACCUGGUUGGCGUGGGAGCUGGCCGAUGUCACAAACAUUAUCGGCAUUGAGCUUCUCAAUGAGCCUUCUCAAGAAGACGGCCUCUGGACAUGGUACAACAACACUGCCACUGCCAUGAGGAAGGCUAGCUCCUACGCAAAGUCUCUUCCUCUGUACAUCCAGGACGCUUACAAUCUCAAUGCCGGAGUUGCGCUGGUUGCAUCCCGCAACGACUUCACCGUCGUCGAUGAUCACUCCUACUUUGUCUUCAGUUCUGCCGACAAGGCGCUCAGUGUUAAUGCGCACAUUGCUAAUAUCGAGGGGUCCUACACAAAGACAUUGUCCGCUGCCCGAACCAAGGCUCGAGGCAACCUCGUCAUCGGAGAGUGGUCCUGCUCUUUAGACUCCGGCUCCCUUACUGGCGUCAGUGACGUGACUACUGCGACAUCCGACUUCUGCCGAGCCCAACUCGCCGCCUACACCAACACUACUGCCGGCAUGCACUUCUGGUCGUACACAAUGGAGAACUGUGAUUCCAAUGCCGGAUGGUGCUUCGAGAGUGCCGUUGGCGAAUAUCUGCCAAAGUACUUCAACGUGUGGGGUCUCUCUGGUCUGGUGACCAACAGCAAGCUGCUGCUCAACUCUGCGGCUGCAAUCAAGACGGGCAACAAGAUCAAGGCGGCCAUUGCUGCCCUCAAGGUGCCUGGCACCAGCGACUCUGCCGCCUCUACUGCUCCCACUGCCUUGGUCAAGACUAUGACUCUCUCUACCAGGGACGUCGUGUCUUCUGACGAGGUUUCCAGUUAUGGCAUGGCUCCCCUUCUCGCUGCCGAAGACGAUGCUGAGGACCAUGAGACCGUCGAGGAGAUGCGCCUUUCCCUGCGCGACUACCUCGACGACGAAGACAACGAGGACCUCUACGUCGAGCCUGUCGUGCACCGCCGAGGUCUCGGUUCCGUCUCUGGUCACGCAGCCCACCAGGCCCAAGCGGAGCGUCGAGCCCUGACUGCUGCUGCCCUCGCCCGCCAGGUAGGCUACUCGGACGGCUACCUCACCGCCACGUACUUUGCCUCUGCCUUUUCCACCACGACUCCCGUGAGCAAGCUGGGAUUCCAGACGCAAUACAUUGUCGACUCGUGGGCUAAGCGAAUGGCCAACUCGCCCACCAAGUACCUCGCGGCCAACUAUGGCCUCUACAGUGCCAACUUCAAGCUGGGUCAGGCCGCGGCUGAGGCAGCCAUCCUCAAGAUCAUCAAUGCUGCCUGAAUGGUGGGCGUGGAAGGUAGUCAGGCUUUCCAGACUUGUGUACGAGGAAUUGUAAGAGUUAUACCCCACCUCUUGAGAGUCGAGUCGAUGCGAGUCCAGAGGCCUCCAAGUCUUCGUAAUCUGGAAGUGCAGUGUGUGUGCAUGGCAUCGCAUCGAAGCUGUCAGCAGACGACUUCAUCCACCCUCUUUUUCCUCCUAGUCCUUCAUUGUAAAAUCAUCAACGUAGCAGGUUCUCUUCCUUCU